UCGUGAAGGGAACAAUCGGGUUGACUUUGCCAGGGAGCCACCUCAAAGCAUAUCAGGUUACUUUGAGUGACAGCGUAACCAUGGCAAAUAAUUUGACUAAGGCUAUUGUCUUAUCCUCACCAUCCCCGGGUCAGAUAACCGACCAAUCAGAGUUCAUAUAAUCGCUUGUCUUGCCAGCUUAGAAUAAUAUUAUUAAAACGAGCCAGCGAGCCCGGUCUCCGGGAGUAGGUUAUGUUGAAACGGCAUAGAAAAGGUGGUGGAGGACGGUGGAAGGAGUAGCAACUUUCUCUCUUUCUCACCAACUUUAUGAGGAUUUGUCGCCUGGGGUUUUGCAUGGCUGAAUGGACUUGAGUUUAUUCCACAAUACGCAGUUGGAUAUUACCUCACCUUUGGCUGUUUUAAGUUUUAAGUUGCUCCUUUUGGGGACCUUUUGUCGCUCAUGGACUUAAUGCGUUUUGAUUUAAUGUGAGACUGAGUGGAGAGACGUGGAAGUAAGGCACAAUAUAAUCUGUAUUGAUUUACGUUGUCGCCAUGUCCAUGCUUCCGACGUUUGGUUUUACGCAGGAACAAGUGGCGUGUGUCUGCGAAGUCCUCCAACAAGGGGGGAACAUCGAGCGUCUGGGGCGCUUCCUCUGGUCCCUCCCGGCGUGCGAACACCUCCACAAAAACGAGAGCGUCCUAAAAGCGAAAGCCGUGGUUGCCUUUCACCGGGGGAACUUCCGAGAGCUCUACAAGAUCCUAGAGAGUCACCAGUUUUCUCCGCACAACCACCCGAAGCUGCAGCAGCUGUGGCUGAAAGCGCACUACAUCGAGGCGGAGAAGCUGAGAGGCCGCCCGCUCGGCGCAGUAGGGAAGUACCGCGUCCGGAGAAAGUUCCCCCUGCCCCGCUCCAUCUGGGACGGAGAAGAGACAAGCUACUGCUUCAAGGAGAAGAGCAGGAGCGUUCUCCGAGAGUGGUACACCCACAAUCCUUAUCCAUCCCCGCGGGAGAAAAGAGAGCUGGCCGAGGCCACGGGACUCACCACCACGCAGGUCAGCAACUGGUUCAAAAACCGACGGCAACGAGACCGAGCAGCGGAGGCAAAAGAAAGGGAAAACAACGAGAACAACAAUGGCCACAACCCAUUGACUUCUUCAAUGAAUGGAAAUAAAUCUCUAUUGGGGAGCUCGGACGACGAUAAAACACCCUCGGGGACACCGGAUCACACGUCUCCGAGCCCGGCUCUGCUUCUCGGCUCAAACACCGGUUUACAGUCCCUGCACGGCCUCGCGCCCCCGCCGGGACCCAGCGCCAUCCCGGUACCCAGCGGUGCAGACUCGGUGCACCAUCACCACUCAUUGCACCAUGACACCAUACUGAACCCUAUGUCUUCAAAUCUAGUGGACCUUGGCUCUUAAAAAAAACGGCACAGAAGGGGGACAGAGAUUUUUUUUUUUUUUUUUUUUUUUUGGAAAAGUAAUGUACAUGGUGGCGUGAGACAAGCUUCAAGCACUUGCGGCAAGGUGCAAAGCAGACAGACUGGAACACUGCGAAAACAGCCACCGUAACAAAUCAUUUAGUCUCAUAUUCAACCUUUUAAGUUGUUUUUUUUAACAAGUGGGGAAAAAAACUGCCAGUGGGCACAAUACAUCCACUUAUCCCCAAAAUUAAACUCCCGCUUGUUUCUUGGGAUUUUUUUUUUUAAAGAAACAAGUAUCAAGGCAGAGCACUUAAAUUUCUCCAGAUAUAGCCUAUUUAAACAGCUAUACCCUAUUGGCAUAUUGUCUCUUUAAUUCGCUUAAGGGAAAAAAAUAUAAUUCCAAAGAUUACAUGACUUGUUAAGACGGAUCAUUUUUGCAGUGGUGGUGCAGACAGACAAAAGCUGAGGAGGGUGUAGGUCGUUUUAGAAAAAAAAAAAAAAAAAAAAAAAGAAAAGAAAAGGAAAAAAAAGUAUUUUAUCGGAAUGUAAUAACGUAAACAUGUUAUAUUGUUGAAAACAAUAACAAUAAAAUGUCUUAAUUCUUGUUACUAUUACCGUUGUUAUUUUAGGGGUUUAGAUAUAUCAGCAGACUCUGUAGGCACCGAGUUAAAGGUACCCCAUCGCCUUUUUGUUUACAUAGGGUUUUCCAAGAGAGCCAUAAGAAGUUUUUUUUUUGUUUUUGGAUUUUUAUUUUUUUUUUAUUUUGAAAGGGUUAGGGGGAUGAUGGGGUAUGGUAUUCUCAAGUGUCUCAUAAGAGCCGUGAUAAGAUGAAAUAUCUUAAUCUCUUGAUAUUAUUAUUAUUAUUAUUAAUAUUAUUAUUAUUAUUAUUAUUAUUUGCAUUUUCAUUUGGAAAGAGACUGCAUGUAAACUUUGCGAUAAAUGAUGAAACAUAAAACGAUUCACCUAUAGUUUCAUAUACCCUUUACAAUAAAAGAAAAAAAAGAAAUACAUGGAUUAAAAUCGA